AUGGUUGUCUGGACGUCUUCAGAUCCUACUCUGCCUGAACCUACGGAGCCCCUGUACCAGAGAAUUGUGAGAUCCCUCGAAGCUCGCAUCCAAACGAAUCCUGACGCCAUCGCGUUGGUUAGUUUCGAAUCCGCAGCUUUAGUUAUAAAUGACAACCAGAUAAAAGCUGAGAAUGGAUACGAAACAAAGUGUUCUGAGUUGCUGUUGAUGGUUCAAAAACUGGUGACUUUCUUCGAACUUCGUGGGAUCGGCAAAGGUGACAUUAUCCAAGGCUGCACGCCAAAUUGUCCUGAAUACCUUGCGUAUGUCAUCGCUGCAAAUGCCGUUGGCGCUGUUCACCUUCCCUUCGACCCUAAUAAUGCAGAAAGUAUGAACCUUAUUCUAAAAAAAAAACUUCAAGACGACUUUUCAGCUGAAUGUCGCGAUAUCAUGAGAAAGUACCAGGCGAAAGCCAUCCUCUCAGAAGAACAGCACAUCGAUUUGGUAUCGCGCUCUUCUCAUGGCACUGAUAUUAAGGUAAAGCUACUCGGACUACGACGCUAAACAACUUUUUCUAAAUUUGAAGACUAUCAUCGGAAUCCGAGAGAACAAAAACAAAACAAUCCCGCCCACCGUCUUCGAUUUUGACAAUAUUAUGAAACUGGAGCCUGCAGAUCUUAACAAACAGCGUUACGCUUAUAAGUUCGUCUCAACGGUCGAAUUAAUCUUAUUGAACAGUUGGUUAGAGCCCAGACGACAUCGCUUACAUGCCGACGUCUUCUGGAACGACUGGCAAGCCCAAAGGUGUCAUUCACACGCAAAAGUCAUUGUAUCGGAUGGCAGAAACUUUGAUCGAGUUAGUUUCGACUAUGAGAAAGAAAAAAUGAAUUUUUUUUAGAUAUUCAAAGAAGUGGGACGACGAGAUUGGUCGCACUAACGACUACACCAUUCUUCAGCAGCAAAUGUAUCACAUUUACGGAAUGAUGUUGCAUUUUAGAGUUCAGUUUUUUGGUUUCACUCCCGAUUUUUUUUAUUGAAUUCGUUUGAAGUGCCUUAUAAGAGGAGAAACCGCCGUACAGCUGCGUUUGAUCAACCCAGUUCUUUUCUUCAAAUGCAUCGAAAAGUAUCAGGUAAAGAUCCAUAAACUGGGACUUAGUUUUUAUCACAUUGUACAGCCACGAAUGUUGCAAGUGACGCCAUUCCUGGUUCUCGCUAUGACGAAGCAUCAAGAAGCCGCAAAUUAUAACUUCAGCUCAGUAAGAGCUUUCUUCAGCACAGGCUCGCUAAUUGGUCGUGAAGUGGCUGAAGAUUUCAUGAAAAAGUAUCCCAACGUAAAAAUCGGCCAGGGUGAGCUCUUUAUUCUGACGUUUUGACACAAAGCAUUAUACUCAAGGGUAUGGACUGUCUGAAAUUGGAUUAAUUACUGCGCCGCGAUACCGAGGGGCUCAAAACGAACACCUCCAUUUGGGUACUCUCAUUGGCGGAGGCUCAAUGAAGGUAAAACUCCUUUUGUGGGGCUUUAGUAGAACUUAUUCAGAUUCUCGAUGAGAAUGGCAAAGAACUCGGCUAUGACGAACCUGGCGAUAUUUAUAUCCGCAAUGAAGCCCUGUUCAAAGGCUACUGGAAGCAGCCGGAAGCUACGGAAGCCGCUUUGAUUGGCGGAUUCUACAAAACAGGUGUCCUGGGAAAAUAUUCAUUUUACCUUCUUUUCUUCACAGGUGAUUUUGGUAAAAUGUUACCUGAUGGGCAAUUGGUGUUCAUCGACCGCAAGAAAGACCUCGUAAAAGUCAGCGGCUCAUUUGGGGUUUAGACGUUCGAAAAAAAAUUAAACAUUAUUUAAAAUCUAGGUAGCUGCUGUUGAAAUCGAAGACUCGCUUCUCAAGAUUUUGAACAUUGCUGAAGCCGCUGUUGUUCGAGUAGAUCACCCAGUGACAGUCGAGGCUCCUUAUGCCUUUCUCGUUCGCAAAUCAACUAACAUUACUGAGAAUGAAGUCUGGGCUCACAUCAAGGGUACGCAAACUAUAGUUUUGCUCAUUAAAACGCUUCUCAGCCAAUCUCGCUCCACUGAAACGUCCUGUCGGGUUCGAGUUCGUCGACCAACUUCCACGCAAUCGCAUGGGCAAAGUCAUGAAAAACUCAUUGACGGAGAAGCUUCAAGCAAAGAAAACAGCCAAAGCAUGA